AUGCCGAAGAUCACCGAUAUAAAGUCCCAAAAUGGGAAAGAGCAGCCAAAUUCGUGUGCGGAUGCAAUGUUCGGAAGGAAAACCCAAAAAUAUGCUCUCUACUUCAUCAUUUUCUUCCUGGCUUGUCUAACAAUCAGGGAUUUGGCGGAGCUGUUGAAUGAUUACAUGGACAACCCAAAGCAGUCAGAUCUGUCAAUUCGAAUGAAUGACAGUAUGACGCUGCCAAAUAUCACUUUUUGCAUGGGCGCUGAUAUGGUGAAUUCUCAUGUGAUCAUCGAUCGAACGGCCAAUGUGACUGAAUGGGAUAUCUUUGUUGAGGAACAACUAGAGGAGAUGUCCAACAAAUCGGUCGCUCUCAAUCCAUUAAGAAGAUGGGACGAUCGACUUCUUUUCGAAUCUUACGAUUAUCUCGCUGUGAUGAACUCACUUGAAAGGGAAACUGACGCAAAGAACAUUGGAAAACCAAUCUUCCGAUACAGAUAUUUUCCACAAUUGGCCGCCAAAAGAAAAAUGUACCAGAAAUGGCAAGCUUGGAUGGACAAAGCGGAGAUUUCCUACGCAGAAUUGAUGCAACAAGUCGGCACGCAGCUAUUUUUGCGAUCAAUUUUGACGUUCAAGCGGCACAUUUUCGACGAUUAUCAUCCAUUCAUUAUGCCAAAGUUGAAAAUUCAAUGGUUGUCCUUGAAGCAAAUGUGCUUCUCGCCCGUUUACCCCAAAGAGUCCUACCACAAUAUCGAAGAUCAAGGGCAAUUCUUUACGAUGCUUAUGCAAACAAACGUGGACAAUGUGCUCAAACAAGGAAAAACGAUCGAUUGCAUGCAUGUUGAUUUCCACGGAAGACAGUCGUCAUUGAACCGUUUCAUGGAGGGCAAAGCCCGGACUCGCGAUGGAUUCAUUGAUCAGGCAUGUAUCGGACAGCAUCACCAAUUGACCGUUGAAGUGAAGCACCGCUUCAAGCAUUUGGAAAACGAUGAUAAUUCAACAAGAUGCAAAGAGAUGAAAGAUGGCGAUGAUACCGAAUUCGAUUGCUACUCGAGAUGCCGAUUUGAGUUGAUUCGGGAUACAUGGAAAUGCUUGCCACUCACCCUAUCUUACCUGGCUAAAGAAUCUGAUCUCCAGAAUUACAAACCCUGCAACUACGCUCAAGUCAAUUUGACGAAAGAAGAAGCUCUUGCCGGAAACUACUCAAAGCAAGAAAACGAGUGCCGAUCGUAUUGUCGACCCGAUUGCAUACAAAUUCGGUACAAUUUGGUGCAUAUGCCACAAGGAAAAGCCCCAAGAGCAAAUUUCACAAGUAUCGAAAUCCAUUGGGGAGCCUUCGAGUUCUUGAACAUGGAACAAAGUUACGUGUGGACCUUCUGGAAAUUGGUAGCCGCGAUUGGUGGAGGAAUCGGAGUGUGGCUAGGGUUGUCGGUGCUAUCACUUAUCCAGGGAGUUGGUUACUUGUACAAUUCUUUUGUGCAAAAAGUCGUCGUCGACAAAAAGCCUCUUUUGGAUGAGGAGGGCUCUGCCCCUGGAUCACGACGAGGCAGUAAGGCCGGUAUGACACUUUCGUCAAAUCCCCUCACGAAUCCCUGGAAUGAAAAUGAGCAAAGAAAGAGAUCGAAAGGAGACAAUGGAAACGCGGUGAAUUCCAAUCCAAACGCUAAAAACGGCUACCCCACCCAGCCAAGUCCACAGACGAAAAUUUCAAUCGGA